AUGCCGUCGGGCUACAAGCAUGGCGACACCCCGGCCAAGGCCAUGGUGCGCGGCACAAUCUCCUACCUCGAGUCGCAGGGCCUGCCGGUGAACAAGUCGGCCAUCUUCCGGCACUUUGACCUGUCGCGCUCGCAGGGCUACGCGGCGCUCAGUGCGUCGCCGGUGCCGAAGCGAGACGACCCGGAAUGGGGCGAGACGCGCGGGCGGCCCAGCAAGAUUGCCGACGCGGAGGUGGCCAAGAUGGAGCAGAUCCUGUGGGAUCCCAAGUACGAGGACGUCAGCCUCAACUGGAGCGGGCUCGCGGAGGAGGCCGGGCUCGAGGUCAAGUGCAACCGGAGGACGCUGCAUCGGGCAAUGGGCACGCUGUCGUACCGGCGGUGCCUGGUCUGUGGGCGGACGAACACGCUCAAGCGGCAUCGCGAGAAGCGCAGCGACUUUGCACGCAAGGCCCUGCAGGCGUAUCCCCUCAAGGAGGACUGGCGGCGCGUGCGGUUCAGCGGCGAGCUGCACUUUGCCUUUGGGCUCGACGGCAGGAUGCGCCUGACGCCGAGGGCGGGCGAGAGGCUAUGCAGCACAUGCGAGCAGGAGCCUGCCAACGGGUGGCCGCGCGAUAUCAGGAGGCUGCAUGCCUGGGCUGCAGUGGGCUACGGCUUCAAGAGCGAGCUGGUCUUUUACGACAGCUCGACGAGUCCCAAGGGUACCGGUGCCAUGUCGAUGCCGGAUUACUGCGACAAGGUGCUCGAAAAGGUGGUGAAGCCGUGGCUCACGGCGUCGGGCCCCAUGGCGUUUGUGCUGGAAGAGGACGCGGACGUGUUUGCCCACGGGAGCGCGAGCAAGGUCAACCUCGCCCAGCAGUGGAAGGACAUGCACGGCUUGAGGUGCUCGUUUAGCUGUGGCGAGAGCCCGGACCUGAGCCCACUGGAUUCGCUGUGGCCGCCGAACAAGCAGUGGACUUCGGAGCUGCUGAAGGAAAAGGACAAGGACAAGGACAAGGAGAGGGGGUGGGAGGAUGAGACGCUGAAGAAGGCGGCGAGGGAGGCGUGGGCGGGGUUGAGCCAGGAGAGGGUGAACAUGUGGGUUGAUGCGAUGCCGCAGCGGCUGCAGCUUGUUGUCGAGAUGGACGGGAGGAUGGUGCCGUGGUGAUGGAACUGGUGACUUGGAGCUUUGGGGACAUGCAUUGGCUUGCGUUGCUUGUUUGUUUGCUCGUUUGGCUGUUUUGCUUGACGUUGAAGUACUGUAUGGCAUGGUGUACGGAAACAGAUGAACGGUAGAUUAUGAGAUGGGCAUGUUGUUUGUUGAUGAGAACAUGAUUUACGGCUGCUAA